AUGAACCUUGGACCGGAGGAACACAGCGUGAUCAGCUUGGAGACCUUCACAGCUUCAACACCCACACCGGAGCUGCUGAAGUCGCACGGCAGGAAACACCUGAAGUUCCUGUGUCAGAGUGAGGAGUUCAGCCCCAGAUCCCUGGGGUUUGUGACCAGUUUCCAGGGGACUGUGAUGUUGCAUGCAGAGCUGCAGCCAGCGAACAGCAAGUUGCCUGCAGAUGUCCAGGAGCUGGGGGUGAUAAAAGAAGAGGUUCCCCAUGAAUGGAGCUCCACUCCAGACCAGCAGAGCCCAGAACCCGUCCACACAGAAGAGAAAGAUGAGGAACGUGGGACAAAUCGAGAAGGAGAGCAUCUUCAUGGAGAAGAGACGGACAUCGCUCCAUUCCCUUACGCUGUUGUUACGGUGAAGAGCGAAGAUGACGACGAGGAGAAACCGCAGGCAUCACAGCCCCAUCAAAUCAAAACUGAAAACAGCAGAGAGGCAGAAACUCUAACCAGCAGCUCUGCAGAAAGUGAUGGUGAGGACUGUGGAGGACCAGACGCACCGAGGAGCCUGGAGAAUCAGUCACAGCAAAGUUGUGACGAAAUCACGUCAGACUCUUCUCACACUGAGGUCAGCGAUGACGAAGUUUGGCAGGACUCUUUAUCGGAUGGUGGACCUGAAACUGGAAACGGCGACGAUGAGAGACAGGAGACUGGGACACCUGAGUCGGAUGUAAACCGUGACGUUGGAUGUGACUUGGACUCAAACCUCCUCAGCUGCUCUGAAUGUGGUGAGCAGUUAAUCGGGGAAGCUGAUAUUCAGCGGCACAUCAUGACUCAUCACUCCGAGAGAAAUAAGACGCCGGAGCAAAAUGUAGAGUCUCAGAGAAGAGUCCUCGCCGGAGAAAAGCUGUUUAGCUGUGAAGAAUGUGGCAAGAUAUUCAGCAGGCUGAUAAACCUGAAGUUGCACAUGAGGAUCCACACGGGGGAGAAACCGUGCAGAUGCGACCAGUGCGGUAAAAGGUUCUACCAUCCGGGGAUCCUACAGAGGCACAUGAGAGUCCACACGGGAGAGAAGCCGUUCAGCUGUGAAGUCUGCGGGAAAAGCUUCAUACAAAAGGGAAUCCUGCACACGCACAUGAGCGUCCACACGGAGGAGCGGGCGUUCAGCUGCAGCGUCUGUGGGAAAGGGUUUAAACACGACGGCGCCCUGAAGUCUCACACAAAAAUCCACACGGGGGUGAAGCCUUUCAACUGUGGCGUCUGUGGCAAAAACUUUCUACGUAGGCACGACUUGAAGCUCCACUCCCUCGUCCACACGGAAGAAAAGCCGUUCAGCUGCGAGCUGUGCGGUAAAAGCUUCAAACAGAAGGGCUUCCUGCGCAAGCACGUUAAAGUCCACUCGGAGGAGCAGCCCUUCAGCUGCGGCGAAUGUGGAAAAACAUUCAAACACGACGUGGCUCUCAAGUCCCACGUCAUCGUCCAUUCAGGGGUCAAGCCGUUCAUUUGUAGCGUCUGCGGUAAGAGCUUUUUGCGCCAGCAAGGUUUGAAGAUACACUCGCUCGUCCACACGGAGGAGAAGUCGUUCGUGUGUAAUCUGUGCGGUCAGAAGUUUAAACACCAGUCGACUCUGCUGAAGCACGUGAACAUCCACACGGGAGAGAAGCCGUUCAGCUGCGACGUCUGCGCCAAAUCCUUCCGGCAACAGGCCUUCCUGCAGCGGCACAAAAGGGUUCACACGGGGGAAAAACUGUUCUCCUGCAGCAUCUGUGGAAAAAGAUUUAAGGACAUGAAAAAUGUAAAGAGACACACCAAUAUCCACGCGAGAGAGGAACCUUUUUACGUGUAAACAGCGCGGUUAGAAUCACAGACGAGAGACAGCCAGCCGAGGUGGUUUGGGGAUCUGGUCGUCUCCCUGCUGCACGCUCCCUUAGGGGAGGUGUGGCUUUGGGCAUGUCCAACCAGGAGGAAGACCCACGGCAGAGCCAGGACACGGCUCUUAUCUGACCCGGGAACGCCUCGGUAUUCCCCGGAAGAGCUGGAGGAGACGUCCAGGGAGAGGGAGGUCAGGACCUCUCUGCUGCCCCUGUUUACCUGUUUAAGACAGAUGGAUGGAGGGACAGACGGACGAGUCAGCAGUGGAGUUAACGUUGAAGGUUUUAUCCCUGAGUGGCAGCUACAAUUGUUCUGAUUUAAUGAACCCGAUGGUGCUCAGAGGUGACGAGCUGGUUCUGGUUCCUGGUCC